GUGAACAAGGUUCACAUUUAUUGCCAAAAGAUGUCUACUCUCCUGGAAAACAUCUUUGCCAUAAUUAAUCUUUUCAAGCAAUAUUCAAAAAAAGAUAAAAACACUGACACAUUGAGCAAAAAAGAGCUGAAGGAACUUCUGGAAAAGGAGUUUCGGCUAAUCCUGAAGAAUCCAGAUGACCCAGAUACGGUUGAGGUAUUCAUGGAUCACCUGGAUAUAGACCACAACAAGAAAAUUGACUUCACUGAGUUUCUUCUGAUGGUAUUCAAGUUGGCGCAAGCAUACUAUGAGUCUACCAGAAAACAGAAUUUACCGACAUCAGGACACAAGCACAGAAAGCACAGUCAUCAUGAUAAACAUGAGGAUAAUAAAGAGGAAGAAAACAAAGAAAAGAGAAAGAGACCCUUAAGUCUGGAAAGAAGAAACAAUAGAAAAGGGAAUACGGGAAGAUCCAAGAGCCCAAGAGAAACAGGGGGGAAAAGGCAUGAAUCUGGUUCUGAGAAAAAGGAAAGAAAAGGAUAUUCACCUACACAUAGAGAGGAAGAAUAUGGACAAAACCAUCAUAAGUCAAGUAAAAAAGAGAAAAACAAGGCUGAAAUAACUAGAUUAGAACACAAUGGGAAGAGGAUAAGUGAAAGACCAGAAGAGAAAGAAGAAAAAGAGGACGGACAAUAUGACUAUGAAAAUACAGGAAGAAUGACUGAAAAAUGGACAGAAUCAGGCCAUGCUGCCAUAUAUUACGCAAUCCAGGAUGAAGCCGAUGACAUCACUGAUAAUAUAUUGGAAGAAAACAGAAGAUAUGAGACAUCAAGGUCAUCUCAUGAUGAAUCCUCACAUCGAGUGAACAGGUCACGACAUGCAAAUACGAGCCAGGUACCAUUGGUAGAGUCCAGAAGAAGAACGGGCCAGGGAUCCAGUGUUAGCAAGGACAGUGAAAUUGAGGGACACUCAGAAGACUCUGAGAGGCGGUCUGGAUUGGCAUCCAGAAACCAUCAUGAAUCUGUUCAGGAGCAGUCAAGGGAUGGCUCCAGACACCAUGGGUCCCAUCAGGAAGACAGAGCCGGUCACCGGAACUCUGCAGACAGUUCCAGACAAUCAGGCAGUUGUCACACAGAGACUUCCUCACGUGGACAGGCUGUGGCAUCCCAGGAACAGGAAAGAUCAAGUCCAGGAGAAAGACACGGAUCCCGCCACCAGCAGUCAGCAGACAGCUCCAGACACUCAGGAACUGGGCGUGGACAAGCUUCAUCUGCAGUCAGUGACCGUGGACACCAGGGACCAAGCGGUAGUCAGGUCAGUGAUAGUGAGGGACAUUCAGAAGACUCAGACACACAGUCAGUGUCAGGCCAAAGACAGGCUGGGCCCCAUCCACACAGCCACCAAGAGUCCGUACGUGGCCGGCCAGGGGAAAGGUCUGGACGUUCAGGGUCUUUCCUCUACCAGGUGAGCGCUCAUGAACAGUCUGAGUCCACCCAUGGACGGACUGGGCACAGCACUGGUGGCAGACAAGGGUCCCGCAAUGGGCAGGCACGAGACAGCUCCAGGCACUCAGCAUCCCAUGAGGGUCAGGACACCAUUCAUGGACACCCAGGGUCAAGCAGGGGAGGAAGGCACGGAUCCCACCAUGAGCAAUCGGUAGACAGCUCUGGACACUCAGGGUCCCAUCACAGCCACACCACAUCCCAGGGAAGGUCUGAUGCCUCCCGUGGGCAGUCAGGGUCAAGAAGUGCAAGCAGACAAACACGUCACGAGGAACAAUCAGGAGAUGGAUCCCGGCACUCAGGGUCACGUCACCACGAGGUUUCGACACAGGCCGACAGCUCUAGACACUCACAGUCCGGCCAGGGACAAUCAGUGGGGUUCAGGACAAGCACACGCCGGGGAUCCACUGUUAGCCAGGACAGUGACAGUGAGGGAAACUCAGAAGACUCUGAGAGGCAGUCUGAGUCUGCUUCCAGAAACCAUCAUGGAUCUGUUCGGGAGCAGUCAACAGAUGGAUCCAGAUACCCCGGGUCCCAUCACGAAGAUACAGCUCGUCACAGGCACUCUGCAGACAGCUCCAGACAAUCAGGCACGCGUCAUGCAGAGACUUCCUCUCGUGGACAGGCUGCAUCAUCACAUGAACAGGCAAGAUCAAGUCCAGGAGAAAGACACGGAUCCCGCCACCAGCAGUCAGCAGACAGCUCCAGACACUCAGGAACUGGGCGUGGACAAGCCUCAUCUGCAGUCAGUGACCGUGGACACCAGGGACCAAGCAGUAGUCAGGUCAGUGAUAGUGAGGGACAUUCAGAAGACUCAGACACACAGUCAAUGUCAGGCCACGGACAGGUUGGGCCCCAUCUGCACAGCCACCAAGAGUCUGCACGUGGCCGGUCAGGGGAAAGGUCUGGACGUUCAGGGUCUUUCCUCUACCAGGUGAGCGCUCAUGAACAGUCUGAGUCCACCCAUGGACGGACUGGGCACAGCACUGGUGGCAGACAAGGGUCCCGCAAUGGGCAGGCACGAGACAGCUCCAGGCACUCAGCAUCCCAUGAGGGUCAGGACACCAUUCAUGGACACCCAGGGUCAAGCAGGGGAGGAAGGCACGGAUCCCACCAUGAGCAAUCGGUAGACAGCUCUGGACACUCAGGGUCCCAUCACAGCCACACCACAUCCCAGGGAAGGUCUGAUGCCUCCCGUGGGCAGUCAGGGUCAAGAAGUGCAAGCAGACAAACACGUCACGAGGAACAAUCAGGAGAUGGAUCCCGGCACUCAGGGUCACGUCACCACGAGGUUUCGACACAGGCCGACAGCUCUAGACACUCACAGUCCGGCCAGGGACAAUCAGUGGGGUUCAGGACAAGCACACGCCGGGGAUCCACUGUUAGCCAGGACAGUGACAGUGAGGGAAACUCAGAAGACUCUGAGAGGCAGUCUGAGUCUGCUUCCAGAAACCAUCAUGGAUCUGUUCGGGAGCAGUCAACAGAUGGAUCCAGAUACCCCGGGUCCCAUCACGAAGAUACAGCUCGUCACAGGCACUCUGCAGACAGCUCCAGACAAUCAGGCACGCGUCACGCAGAGACUUCCUCUCGUGGACAGGCUGCAUCAUCACAUGAACAGGCAAGAUCAAGUCCAGGAGAAAGACACGGAUCCCGCCACCAGCAGUCAGCAGACAGCUCCAGACACUCAGGAACUGGGCGUGGACAAGCCUCAUCUGCAGUCAGUGACCGUGGACACCAGGGACCAAGCAGUAGUCAGGUCAGUGAUAGUGAGGGACAUUCAGAAGACUCAGACACACAGUCAAUGUCAGGCCACGGACAGGUUGGGCCCCAUCUGCACAGCCACCAAGAGUCUGCACGUGGCCGGUCAGGGGAAAGGUCUGGACGUUCAGGGUCUUUCCUCUACCAGGUGAGCGCUCAUGAACAGUCUGAGUCCACCCAUGGACGGACUGGGCACAGCACUGGUGGCAGACAAGGGUCCCGCAAUGGGCAGGCACGAGACAGCUCCAGGCACUCAGCAUCCCAUGAGGGUCAGGACACCAUUCAUGGACACCCAGGGUCAAGCAGGGGAGGAAGGCACGGAUCCCACCAUGAGCAAUCGGUAGACAGCUCUGGACACUCAGGGUCCCAUCACAGCCACACCACAUCCCAGGGAAGGUCUGAUGCCUCCCGUGGGCAGUCAGGGUCAAGAAGUGCAAGCAGACAAACACGUCACGAGGAACAAUCAGGAGAUGGAUCCCGGCACUCAGGGUCACGUCACCACGAGGUUUCGACACAGGCCGACAGCUCUAGACACUCACAGUCCGGCCAGGGACAAUCAGUGGGGUUCAGGACAAGCACGCGCCGGGGAUCCACUGUUAGCCAGGACAGUGACAGUGAGGGAAACUCAGAAGACUCUGAGAGGCAGUCUGAGUCUGCUUCCAGAAACCAUCAUGGAUCUGUUCGGGAGCAGUCAACAGAUGGAUCCAGAUACCCCGGGUCCCAUCACGAAGAUACAGCUCAUCACAGGCACUCUGCAGACAGUUCCAGACAAUCAGGCACGCGUCACGCAGAGACUUCCUCUCGUGGACAGGCUGCAUCAUCCCAUGAACAGACGAGAUCAAGUCCAGGAGAAAGACACGGAUCCCGCCACCAGCAGUCAGCAGACAGCUCCAGACACUCAGGAACUGGGCGUGGACAAGCUUCAUCUGCAGUCAGUGACCGUGGACACCAGGGACCAAGCGGUAGUCAGGUCAGUGAUAGUGAGGGACAUUCAGAAGACUCAGACACACAGUCAGUGUCAGGCCAAAGACAGGCUGGGCCCCAUCCGCACAGCCACCAAGAUUCUGCACGUGGCCGGUCAGGGGAAAGGUCUAGAAGUUCAGGGUCUUUCCUCUACCAGGUGAGCACUCAUGAACGGUCUGAGUCCACCCAUGGACGGACUGGGCACAGCACUGGUGGCAGACAAGGGUCCCGCAAUGGGCAGGCACGAGACACCUCUAGGCACUCAGCAUCCCAUGAGGGUCAGGACACCAUUCAUAGACACCCGGGAUCAAGCAGAGGAGGAAGGCACGGAUCCCACCAUGAGCAAUCGGUAGACAGCUCUGGACACUCAGGGUCCCAUCACAGCCACACCACAUCCCAGGGAAGGUCUGAUGCCUCCCGUGGGCAGUCAGGGUCAAGAAGUGCAAGCAGACAAACACGUCACGAGGAACAAUCAGGAGAUGCAUCCAGGCACUCAGGGUCACGUCACCACGAGGCUUCGACUCAGGCCACCAGCUCUAGACACUCACAGUCCGACCAGGGACAAUCAGUGGGGUUCAGGACAAGCACGCGCUGGGGAUCCAGUGUUAGUCAGGACAGUGACAAUGAGGGAUACUCAGAAGACUCCGAGAGGCAGUCUGAGUCUGCUUCCAGAAACCAUCAUGGAUCUGUUUGGGAGCAGUCAAGACAUGGAUCCAGACACCCCGAGUCCCAUCACGAAGACAGAGCUGGUUAUGGGCACUCUGCAAAUAGCUCCCGACAAUCAGGCACUCGUCAUGCAGAGACUUCCUCUCAUGGACAGGCUGCAUCAACCCAUGAACAGGCAAGAUCAAGUCCAGGAGAAAGACACGGAUCCCGCCACCAGCAGUCAACAGACAGCUCCAGACACUCAGGAACUGGGCGUGGACAAGCUUCAUCUGCAGUCAGUGACCGUGGACACCAGGGACCAAGCGGUAGUCAGGUCAGUGAUAGUGAGGGACAUUCAGAAGACUCAGACACACAGUCAGUGUCAGGCCACGGACAGGCUAGGCCCCAUCCGCACAGCCACCAAGAGUCUGCACGUGGCCGGUCAGGGGAAAGGUCUGGACGUUCAGGGUCUUUCCUCUACCAGGUGAGCACUCAUGAACAGUCUGAGUCCACCCAUGGACGGACUGGGCACAGCACUGGUGGCAGACAAGGGUCCCGCAAUGGGCAGGCACGAGAGAGCUCCAGGCACUCAGCAUCCCUUGAGGGACAGGACGCCAUUCAUAGACACCCGGGAUCAAGCAGAGGAGGAAGGCAGGGAUCCCACCAUGAGCAAUCGGUAGACAGCUCUGGACACUCAGGGUCCCAUCACAGCCACACCACAUCCCAGGGAAGGUCUGAUGCCUCCCGUGGGCAGUCAGGGUCAAGAAGUGCAAGCAGACAAACACGUCAUGAGGAACAAUCAGGAGAUGGAUCCUGGCACUCAGGGUCACGUCACCAUGAGGCUUCCAAUCGGGCCGACACCUCUGGACACUCAGAGUCCAGACAGGGACAAUCAGGGGGGUUCACCACAAGUAGGCGCCGGGGAUCCAGUGUUAGCCAGGACAGUGACAGUGAGAGACACUCAGAAGACUCUGAGAGGCAGUCUGAGUCUGCUUCCAGAAACCAUCAUGGAUCUGUUUGGGAGCAGUCAAGACAUGGAUCCAGACAUCCCGAGUCCCAUCACGAAGACAGAGCUGGUUAUGGGCACUCUGCAGACAGCUCCAGACAUUCAGGCACUCGUCACACGGAGACUUCCUCUCGUGGACAGGCUGCAUCAUCCCAUGAACAGGCAAGAUCAAGUCCAGGAGAAAGACACGGAUCCCGCCACCAGCAGUCAGCAGACAGCUCCAGACACUCAAGAACUGGCCGUGGACAAGCUUCAUCUGCAGUCAGUGACCGUGGACACCAGGGACCAAGCGGUAGUCAGGUCAGUGAUAGUGAGGGACAUUCAGAAGACUCAGACACACAGUCAGUGUCAGGCCACGGACAGCCUGGUCCCCAUCCACACAGCCACCAAGAGUCUGUACGUGGCCGGUCAGGGGAAAGGUCUGGACAUUCAGGGUCUUUCCUCUACCAGGUGAGCACUCAUGAACAGUCUGAGUCCACCCAUGGACGGACUGGGCACAGCACUGGUGGCAGACAAGCGUCCCGCAAUGAGCAGGCACGAGACAGCUCCAGGCACUCAGCAUCCCAUGAGGGUCAGGACACCAUUCAUAGACACCCGGAAUCAAGCAGAGGAGGAAGGCAGGGAUCCCACCAUGAGCAAUCGGUAGACAGCUCUGGACACUCAGGGUCCCAUCACAGCCACACCACAUCCCAGGGAAGGUCUGAUGCCUCCCGUGGGCAGUCAGGGUCAAGAAGUGCAAGCAGACAAACACGUCAUGAGGAACAAUCAGGAGAUGGAUCCAGGCACUCAGGGUCACGUCACCACGAGGCUUCGACUCAGGCCGACAGCUCUAGACACUCACAGUCCGGCCAGGGACAAUCAGUGGGAUUCAGGACAAGCACGCGCCGGGGAUCCAGUCUUACCCAGGAUAGUGACAGUGAGGGACACUCAGAAGACUCUGAGAGGCAGUCUGAGUCUGCUUCCAGAAACCAUCAUGGAUCUGUUUGGGAGCAGUCAAGACAUGGAUCCAGACAUCCCGAGUCCCAUGACGAAGACAGAGCCAGUCACCGGCACUCUGCAGACAGCUAUAGACAAUCAGGCAAGCGUCACGCGGAGACUGCCUUUCAUGGACAGGCUGCAUCAUCCCAUGAACAGACGAGAUCAAGUCCAGGAGAAAGACAUGGAUCCCGCCACCAGCAGUCAGCAGACAGCUCCAGACACUCAGGAACUGGGCGUGGACAAGCUUCAUCUGCAGUCAGUGACCGUGGACACCAGGGACCAAGCGGUAGUCAGGUUAGUGAUAGUGAAGGACAUUCAGAAGACUCAGACACACAGUCAGUGUCAGGCCACGGACAGGCUGGGCCCCAUCUGCACAGCCACCAAGAGUCUGCACGUGGCCAGUCAGGGGAAAGGUCUGGACGUUCAGGGUCUUUCCUCUACCAGGUGAGCACUCAUGAACAGUCUGAGUUCACCCAUGGACGGACUGGCCCCAGAAGUGGAGGAAGACAACGAUCCCGCCAUGAGCAGGCACAAGACAGCUCCAGGCACUCAGCGUCCCAGGAGGGUCAGCACACCAUUCAUAAACACCCGGGAUCAAGCAGAGGAGGAAGGCAGGGAUCCCACCAUGAGCAAUCAGUAGACAGCUCUGGACACUCAGGGUCCCAUCACAGCCACACCACAUCCCAGGGAAGGUCUGAUGCCUCCCGUGGGCAGUCAGGAUCAAGAAGUGAAAGCAGACAAACACGUCAUGAGGAACAAUCAGGAGACAGGUACAGGCAUGCAGGGUCUCCUCACCACCAGGCUUCCACUCGGGCUGACAGCUCUAGCAACUCACAGUCUGGCCAGGGACAAUCAGCAGGGUCCAGGACAAGCACGCACCAGGGAUCGAAUGUUAGCCAGGACAGUGACAGUGAGGGACACUCAGAAGACUCUGAGAGGUGGUCUGGGUCGGCUUCCAGAAAUCAUCAUGGAUCUGCUCAGGAGCAGUCAAGAGAUGGCUCCAGACACCUCGGGUCGCAUCACGAAGACAGCGCCAGUCACGCGCACUCUACAGACAGCUCCAGACAAUCAGGCACUCGUUACACAGAGAAUUCCUCUCAUGGACAGGCUGCAUCAUCCCGUGAACAGACGAGAUCAAGUCCAGGAGAAAGACACGGAUCCCGCCACCAGCAGUCAGCAGACAGCUCCAGACACUCAGGAACUGGGCGUGGACAAGCUUCAUCUGCAGUCAGUGACCGUGGACACCAGGGACCAAGCGGUAGUCAGGUCAGUGAUAGUGAGGGACAUUCAGAAGACUCAGACACACAGUUAGUGUCAGGCCACGGACAGGCUGGGCCCCAUCCGCACAGCCACCAAGAGUCUGCACGUGGCCGGUCAGGGGAAAGGUCUGGACGUUCAGGGUCUUUCCUCUACCAGGUGAGCACUCAUGAACAGUCUGAGUCCACCCAUGGACGGACUGGGCACAGCACUGGUGGAAAACAAGGAUCCCGCAAUGGGCAGGCAAGAGACAGCUCUAGGCACUCAGCGUCCCAUGAGGGUCAGGACACCAUUCAUGGACACCCAGGGUCAAGCAGGGGAGGAAGGCAGGGAUCCCACCAUGAGCAAUUGGUAGACAGCUCUGGACACUCAGGGUCCCAUCACAGCCACACCACAUCCCAGGGAAGGUCUGAUGCCUCCCAUGGGCAGUCAGGAUCAAGAAGUGCAAGCAGACAAACACGUCAUGAGGAACAAUCAGGAGAUGGGUACAGGCACUCAGGGUCACAUCACCACGAGGCUUCCAAUCGGGCCGACAGCUCUAGACACUCACAGUCUGGCCAGGGACAAUCAGUGGGGUUCAGGACAAGCACACACCAGGGAUCCAGUGUUAGCCAGGACAGUGACAGUGAGGGAUACUCAGAAGACUCUGAGAGGCAGUCUGAGUCUGCUUCCAGAAACCAUCAUGGAUCUGUUUGGGAGCAGUCAAGACAUGGAUCCAGACAUCCCGAGUCCCAUCACGAAGACAGAGCCAGUCACGGGCACUCUGCAGACAGCUACAGACAAUCAGGCACUCGUCAUGCAGAGACUUCCUCUCGUGGACAGGCUGCAUCAUCCCAUGAACAGACAAGAUCAAGUCCAGGAGAAAGACACGGGUCUCGCCACCAGCAGUCAGCAGACAGCUCGAGACACUCAGAAACUGGGCGUGGACAGGCUUCAUCUGCAGUCAGUGACCGUGGACACCAGGGACCAAGCGGUAGUCAGGUCAGUGAUAGUGAGGGACAUUCAGAAGACUCAGACACACAGUCAGUGUCAGGCCAAAGACAGGCUGGGCCCCAUCCGCACAGCCACCAAGAGUCUGCACGUGGCCGGUCAGGGGAAAGGUCUGGACGUUCAGGGUCUUUCCUCUACCAGGUGAGCACUCAUGAACGGUCUGAGUCCACCCAUGGACGGACUGGGCACAGCACUGGUGGCAGACAAGGGUCCCGCAAUGGGCAAGCACGAGACACCUCCAGGCACUCAGCAUCCCAUGAGGGUCAGGACACCAUUCAUGGACACCCGGGAUCAAGCAGAGGAGGAAGGCACGGAUCCCACCAUGAGCAAUCGGUAGACAGCUCUGGACACUCAGGGUCUCAUCACAGGCACACCACAUCCCAGGGAAGGUCUGAUGCCUCCCGUGGGCAGUCAGGGUCAAGAAGUGCAAGCAGACAAACACGUCAUGAGGAACAAUCAGGAGAUGGAUACAGGCACUCAGGGUCACAUCACCACGAGGCUUCCAAUCGUGCUGACAGCUCUAGACACUCACAGUCCGGCCAGGGACAAUCAGGGGGAUUCAGGACAAGCACGCACAGGGGAUCCAGUGUUAGCCAGGACAGUGACAGUGAGGGAUACUCAGAAGACUCUGAGAGGCAGUCUGAGUUUGCUUCCAGAAACCACCAUGGAUCUGUUCGGGAGCAGUCAACAGAUGGAUCCAGACAUCCCGGGUCCCAUCACGAAGACAGAGCCAGUCACGGGCACUCUGCAGACAGCUCCAGACAAUCAGGGACUCGUCACACAGAGACUUCCUCUCAUGGACAGGCUGCAUCAUCCCAUGAACAGGCAAGAUCAAGUCCAGGAGAAAGACACGGAUUCCGCCACCAGCAGUCAGCAGACAGCUCCAGACACUCAGGAACUGGGCGUGGACAAGCUUCAUCUGCGGUCAGUGACCAUGGACAUGAGGGACCAAGAGGUAGUCAGGUCAGUGAUAGUGAGGGACAUUCAGAAGACUCAGACACACAGUCAGUUUCAGGCCACGGACAGGCUGGGCCCCAUCCACAGAGCCACCAAGAGUCUGCACGUGACUGGUCAGGGGAAAGGUCUGGACGUUCAGGGUCUUUCCUCUACCAGGUGAGCACUCAUGAACGGUCUGAGUCCACUCAUGGACGGACCGGGCCUAGCACUGGAGGAAGACAAGUGUCCCGCAAUGAGCAGGCACGAGACAGCUCCAGGCACCCAGUGUCCCAUGAUGGUCAGGAUACCAUUCAUGGACACACAGGGUCUAGCAGAGGAGGAAGGCAGGGAUUCCACCACGAGCAAUCAGUAGACAGCUCUGGACACUCAGGGUCCCAUCACAGCCACACCACAUCCCAAGGAAGGUCUGAUGCCUCCCAUGGGCAGUCAGGAUCAAGAAGUGGAAGCAGACAAACACGUCAUGAGGAACAUUCAGGAGACGGAUACAGGCACUCAGGGUCGGGUCACCACGAGGCUUCCAAUUGGGCUGACAGCUCUAGACACUCACAGUCCGGCCAGGGACAAUCAGGGGGGUUCAGGACAAGCAUGCGCUGGGGAUCCAGUGUUAGCCAAGACAGUGCCAGUGAGGGACACUCAGAAGACUCUGAGAGGCAGUCUGAGUCUGCUUCCAGAAACCCUCAUGCAUCUGUUCGGGAGCAGUCAAGAGAUGUAUCCAGACACCCCAGAUCCUAUUAUCACGAUACAGCCAAUCAUGUUCAAUCUUCCUCUGUACAUUCAGACACUAGUACCAGUAAAGAACAUGGUCACUUUGGUAGUCUUUCACAAGAUUCUGAAUAUCGUUCAGGAAUGCAGUCACGUGGCAGUCCUCACAGUUCUAGUUCUUAUAAUUAUCACUCUGAGGGCACUGAAAGGGAAAGAGGUCAAUCAGGUUUAGUUUGGAGACAUGGCAGCUAUGGUAGUGCAGAUUAUGAUUAUGGUGAAUCCAGGUUUAGACCCUCUCAGCAUGGAAGUGUUAGUUACAAUUCCAAUCCUGUGGUUUUCAAGGAAAGAUCUGAUAUCCGAAAAGCAAGUGCAUUUGGUGAAGAUCAUCCAAGGUAUUAUGCAACAAAUAUUAAUAGGCAACCAGGUUUAUAUGGCCAUUCUAGUGAUAUAUCAAAACAACUGGGAUUUAGUCAGUCACAGAGAUACUAUUACUAUAAGUAAGAAAUUAAUGGCAAAGGAAUUAAUCCACGAAUAGAAGAAUGAAGCAAGAUCACUUUCAAUCAAGAAACUUCAUAAUACUUUCAGGGAAGUUAUCUUUUCCUGUCAAUCUGUUUAAAAUAUGCUACAGUAUUUCAUUAGUUUGGUGGUGGUUUAUUUUUAUUGUGUAGUGAUCUUUAAACUCUAUAUUUCAGAAAUAUUAAAUAGAAGAAAUCAAUAUCAUGGAGAGCUAUCUUUACAAAACUAGGAGUAUUUGGCCGGGUGCGGAGGCUCACACCUGUAAUCCCAGCACUUUGGGAGGCCGAGGCGGGUGGAUCACGGGGUCAGGAGAUCAAGACCAUCCCGGCUAACACGGUGAAACCCCGUCUCUACUAAAAAUACA